CAGUCGUGAGCUUCGUGGGGAGAAUAACAUUUCAAUUGUAUAUUCUGAAAACACUAUUGGAUAAUGAGCUUUGGUAAUAAUUGUUUAUAUAAUGGAUAGGCAACUGUCACCAUGAAGGAAUAGUGGAAGUGCUGUGGAUUAUUGUUAUUUAUCUUGAAAACAUGGAACAAAGAGGAUGCGGGGCAUGGCUGGAGGGACGGCAGUGGGUCGUCUUAUUAGUUGCUUUGAUUUUCUUUUGGAGCGGGGCUUCAGCUCAAAUAAAAUACUCCAUCUCUGAAGAGGUUAAGGAAGGAACUGUCGUGGGGAAUAUAGCUAAGGAUCUGGGUAUAGAGCUAAGCACCUUAACGGAAAGGGGAUUUCGAAUCGUGUCUGGUUCGACCGAUCCCCUUUUCCAGGUAAACCAGAAUGACGGCAUCUUGUAUGUGAACCGAAAAAUAGACCGAGAGGAGGUGUGUGAACGGAGCAGCGUGUGUUUGAUCAACCUGAAAACCGUUCUCGAGAACCCGCUGGAGAUUCAUUAUGUUGCGGUGGAGGUGUUAGACGUUAACGACCAUUCGCCCAGCUUUCCAGAUAAAGAGAAACGGUUAGAGAUUUCUGAGUCCGCAUUGCCGGGAGCCCGAUUUCAGCUACAAACAGCGCGUGACCCAGACGGUGGAAUAUAUUCUGUUCAACAGUAUAAACUCAGCCACAAUGAUAAUUUCCGUUUAGAGGUUAUGGACAGAGAUGAAGAUGGUAAAAUUCCUAUUCUAAAUCUACAGAAACCGCUAGAUAAAGAAUCAACGAGGACCCAUAGAUUUCUGCUCACAGCUAUUGAUGGAGGUAUACCUCCUAGAUCUGGUACUAUCAACAUAAUUGUCGACGUUUUAGAUGUAAAUGAUAAUAUGCCAGUUUUCAACGAAGAGUCAUACUCUGUAAUGUUGAAUGAAAAUGCCCCUGUUGGCACGACAGUUGUACAAGUAAACGCUACGGAUAUAGAUGAUGAUUUGAACGGUGAGGUUAUUUACUCUUUUGGUAAUAAUGUAAAUAGUAAGUUACGUAAUCUAUUUGAUGUUGACACUAAUACUGGUGAAGUAAUUGUGAAAGGACUGAUAGACUAUGAGGUUAAAGAUCGCUAUGAAAUUGAUAUACAAGCAUCGGACAGGGGAGCCGUUCCCUUGACAACUUACAAAAGCGUAAAAAUAAAAAUAGUUGAUCUCAACGAUAAUGCACCUGAAAUAGAGGUGACAUCCUUUUCUAAGCCAAUCCCCGAAUAUUCCAGAUCCGGAACCACUGUCGCUCUUAUAAGUGUUAAUGAUUUAGACUCUGGUCUCAAUGGGAAAGUUAUCUGUUCUAUACGUGAGGACGUCCCUUUCAAACUAAUGCCGUCUUUACAGGACAACAUGUACUCUGUAGUCACCAAGUCACCGCUGGAUCGAGAGGAAGUAUCUCAAUACGAUUUUACAAUAGUUGCCAAAGACGAAGGCCAGCCUUCCUUGUCAUCUGUAAAGACUAUUAUUAUUGUUGUAUCAGAUGUGAAUGAUAACAGUCCAGAAUUUUCACUGAGUCCUUAUACUUUCUAUGUCACUGAGAAUAACGACCAAGGAGGCUCAGUAUUUUCCGUCAGUGCCUCAGAUCGUGACAUAAAUGAAAACGCUCUUAUUUCAUAUCAUAUUCUGAGAGACAGUGUCGAGGAGAACAAAUGGGCAUCUUUUCUAAACAUAAACUUGGAAAAUGGGAACAUUUUGGCUCUAAAAAGCUUUGACUUUGAAAGGUUAAAAACGUUCCAAUUCCAAGUUGUAGCUACAGACUCUGGAACUCCGUCCCUAAGCACCAACGUCACAAUAAACGUGUUCAUUCUGGAUCAGAACGACAACGCUCCAGUGAUCUUGUAUCCAGUCAGCCCUAACGGUUCCGCUGAAGGUGUGGAGGAGAUUCCCCGUAAUGUGAACGCAGGCCAUUUGGUGACUAAAGUGAGAGCCUAUGACGCUGAUAUAGGAUAUAACGGCUGGUUAUUAUUUUCACUGCAGGAAGUUACUGACCACAGUCUCUUUGCUUUGGACCGCUAUACAGGACAGAUAAGGACACUUCGGUCAUUCACAGAGACAGACGAGGCUGAGCAUAAACUGGUCAUACUGGUAAAAGACAAUGGGAACGUUUCACUGUCAGCAACAGCUACUGUGAUUAUCAACGUUGUGGAGCCCAAAGAGGCGUUUGCAGCUUCUGAUGUUAAAAGUUCAGUAAAAGACGAGGAGGAGAACAGCGUUACAUUUUAUUUGAUCAUUACUUUGGGGUCAGUAUCAACGCUUUUUCUCAUCAGUAUCAUCGUGUUGAUUGCAAUGCAGUGCUCCAAACCCACAGACUAUUCGCCCAAGUAUUUACAAGAUACAAAUUACGACGGGACACUGUGCCACAGCAUCCAGUACAGAUCCGGAGACAAUCGGUACAUGUUAGUUGGACCCAGAAUGAGUAUAGGUUCUACAAUUGUCCCGGGCAGCAAUGGAAAUACUCUAGUGAUACCCGAACACAGUAGACUUGCGUCUAGAGAGGUAAGAUUUUGA